AUGGUGGACCACCUGCUGCCAGUGGACGAGACCUUCUCGUCGCCCAAGUGCCCCGUGGGGUACCUGGGGGACAGGCUGGCCGGCCGGCGGCCCUACCACAUGCUGCCCUCGCCCCUUUCCGAGGACGACAGUGACGUGUCCAGCCCCUGCUCCUGCGCCAGCCCCGACUCCCAGUCCCUGUGCUCCUGCUACGGCGGUGUCCCCGGUGCCGAGGGACAGGACAGCAUCCUGGAUUUCUUGCUCUCCCAGGCCACCCUGGGCGGCGGUGGCGGCGGCAGCAGCGGGAGCCUGGGGGACAGCAGUGGCCCUGUGACCUGGGGGACGUGGCGGAGGGCCCCGGUGCCCGUGAAGGGGGAGCACGUUUGCUUCCCAGAGUUCGCGCUGGGGGACCCCGAGGAGGUGGCCAGGCCCUUCCAACCCACCCUGGAGGAGAUCGAGGAGUUUCUGGAGGAGAACAUGGAGCCGGAGGCCAAGGGGGCCCCCCAGGGCAGCGGCCAGGACUCGGGAGCCUGUGGCCAGCUCCCCACGGGGCCCCUCAGGAGCCACGCGCACCCAGGCCCUGGCGGGAGAGAGCGCUGUCCCCCUGCGCCCGGUGGCUCGAGCGCGCAGGGCCCCGCCGAGGGCCCCUCCGCCGAGGGCGCAGUGCCGGUCCUGCUGCAGAUCCAGCCGGUGCCCGUGAAGCAGGAGCCGGGCGCGGGGCCGGCCUCCCCUGGCCAGGCCCCCGAGAACGUCAAGGUGGCCCAGCUGCUGGUGAACAUCCAGGGCCAGACCUUCGCACUGGUCCCCCAGGUGCUGCCCUCCUCCAGCCUGAGCCUGCCCUCCAAGUUCGUGCGCAUCGCCCCCGUGCCCAUCGCCGCCAAGCCCGCGGGGUCGGGGGCACUGGGGCCCGGGCCCGGCCUGCUGGGGGGACAGAAGUUCCCCAAGAGCCCGGCGGCCGACCUCCUCAAGAUGCACAAAUGCACCUUCCCCGGGUGUCACAAGAUGUACACCAAGAGUAGCCACCUCAAGGCCCACCUGCGCCGGCACACCGGGGAGAAGCCCUUCGCCUGCACCUGGCCCGGCUGCGGCUGGAGGUUCUCACGCUCCGACGAGCUGUCGCGACACAGGCGGUCCCACUCGGGCGUGAAGCCUUACCAGUGCCCCGUGUGCGAGAAGAAGUUCGCGCGGAGUGACCACCUCUCCAAGCACGUCAAGGUGCACCGCUUCCCGCGGAGCAGCCGCGCCGUGCGCGCCGCCAACUGA